AUGAACGGCGACGAUGACGAUAAGAAUCAGUCACUCCAUGAACUUUGCCAAGGCCAUGGAGCUUCUAUUAUCUCGCAGCUCGUUGAUAUAGGCAUCGAGCGCAAUCAGCAAAGACACCUCAAGUUCCGCCCCUUUAUCAGCCACCUUUAUUGUCUUCGGCCUCAAGGCAAAACGUUGCGCCGCAAGUAUAUUAAUGCCUUUCACGAGCGUCAGUAUGUCGCGCUAUCCUAUACAUGGAAGCCUUCAGAGUACGAAGAUCCUUAUAAUGGGCGGUACCACGUUGAGAGCUGGGAUCGCAGGCGUCUCGAACCUUCGGCAGUUCGGAAUUGUGUUCUUGAUCGUGUCCUUGGUUACAUGCAUUACGCCAAAGUUGAGUUCCUCUGGAUCGACGCCAACUGCAUCCAGCAAGACACAUGCGGCGUUACCGCCUGCACCAGACACCGCCGUUGCACUCGGAAGCGCAAUGCUCUACAAGCUAUGGACCUCGUCUACCAGCUCAGCGAGCACCCCGUUGCGCUAUUAGCCCGUCCCCUGCAGACUGAACCCGAGCUGGACCUCUUAAAACAAAUCCUCUUGGGGAACCUCGUCUGCGGCGACCGUAGCUUUCGGCUCUCACAAGCGACUACUGUUCCCAAAGCGAGGAAGGCCUUGUGGCUACUUCGCGAGAUUACUCGGGACAUUUGGUGGAAUCGCGCGUGGACUUUCCAGGAAAAUUAUCGUGGCGGAGAGCGAAUGCAACUCCUGAUCCGCCAUGAUCCAUCACUGGAGCGGCAAAAGCUAUUCCAUCAGAUAUUUGGUGAAAUACCGGGCGAGUUGCGUGUGCUGUCCAUCACAUUCUCCACGCAGGCGACGCGCCUGUGCCUGGCGCUUCGCAGUCGAGAGGUAGAACUGCCGCCGGAUGACGUCUGCCGGAUCAACGACGUGCUUCGAGCGGCUGGGAGGUAUAAAGAGGUACUACACGAGUCAAGCGCAAUGACACCGACAAUAAUCACCGACAUAGAAGCGCGCGGGUUGUUAAAGCCGUGGGACCGGCUCGCUAUUCUUGCGAAUUGCUGCCAAUACCCGGUGCGGUUGGAUUGUGAAGCUCUUAGCAAGCAGCGUCAUAGCUUAAGUUUGUCGAUGAUGGUCAUGUGUUUACUCAAUGGCGAGAUUCUCGACAAUAGCGACAAUAACUUACAGCUGGUGGCCCCGCUAACGACCUCGGAGUUUCUUAAAAGAAACAUGUUCGAAGCAUUCAACGCGCCCGAAGACGACACGAAGCGGCUAACGUUCAACAAGGGCUGCCGACUGACCGACGUGAAGCUAACAGCGGAUGGCAUCUUGACAAAGGGGCACUUGUGGAAGUUAAGCCGCGUCAUUGACACCUCGACGUUUUUGACGCUACCCUUCAUCAACAACCCGAGCGGUCGAUUAACACUGAACCAAAGGAAGCGUCUACUAAAGCUGGUUUUCCGCUUGAGUCAUCUAAAACACCGCAUUCUCGCCGCCCGAAUCGACGAGUAUCUUGCCGCCGACGCCAACUCUGACACCGAGGAGGAUUACACCUCCUUCUCUGAGAUGUAUCUACACCGUAUGGCCGCUGAAUUAGCAUCAGCGAUUAGGGCAGGCCGAAAACUAAGGUUAGGCAGCAGAUGGGACCCGAUGAGUCGGCCGGAGCCGUACAGGGCAAUCUUUGUAUGGUCAAAUGAAGACGAGGACGAAGACGAAGACGAGGCACAUCCUCCGCCGACGUUCGUCUUCACCUCAGCAUGGCCUCGUGAUUCGGGCUCGAAGACUCACGAAGCUAACGACAUCGACCGUCACGUUUCGCUUGAGGUUAGCCUUGAGGAGCCCCUCGACGGCGCUGGUGUCCCGCACCUCCGCGUCCGCAGGUGGCGGCUCGGCAUGUGCUUCUUCGACGGAUACCCACGCACUGAAGUUAUAUUUCCUUGGCCACGAGCGCUGCAAGAAAUUAAGCCUUAG